UAUUUGAAGGGAUAUUUACGAAACGGAUUCGCUUUUAAGGAUGCUUCAAAAGCGAUCGACAUUGAAGUAGAUGAUUUGCCUCGAUUGAGUUUAUUGAUGAGUGAGGAAAGUUAUCGAGAAUGGAGAGUGAAAUGGCAAAAAGCUAUCGAUCAAAUUGAUCGCAUACUGCAAUUACCGUUCGACGAAUUCUGGUCAAGUCUCAUUUAUUCACCAAAACCGAUGAAUUAUGUCGAUUCAUUCCUUGAUGUUUUCCCAAGGAGAUGGGAAAUAGACGAAAUGAAGCUUUAUGUGAAUACAGAUGCAAUGGUUUGUACGCUUUCGAUGAGUUUAUUUGAACGGGUCAUUCUUGUACUGCUUAGAGCGGUGACUAAUAAUGAGAACUCGUUAUGUUUAAGUGAUGAGUUCUAUUUGCGUGUAAUCUACGACUAUAAAAUCUUCACAAUUGAACGAUUGUUCAAUUUGAUAAACGUCUAUUGCAAAUCGAAUGCUCAAUCGAUUUCCAUUAUAUUGCAACGAACAAUUGGAGUUCAGAAUAAAUUUAUGCAUGAUGCGAAUAAUUUCGUUGAUAUUUGUGCAAAGGUAAUGUUUGCUUUUGUGAUGCUCAUUGUCAGUUCGAAUUUCAUUCUUAGCUUUUGGUGUGUUUGUGAAUGUGUUAUGUGA